AUGGCAUUUUUCCAAUUGGUAUUGCAUGCUAAUCAAUUAGAAAAAGUAAGGAAAGCUUACGAAGAUGAAAAAUUGACAUGCGUUGUAUUUCUAUUAUUGCCGCAAUUGUUCUCAAGACGGGGGAAGCAAGCAUUAAUGGCGUACGCGUUUAUUUUAGCUUUAACUGGACCGGUGAAAAAUACUUUGCACAACAUGGGUAUACUCUCAGAAUCAUUGUCUUGCGCGCAAGUAUGCCAAUAUAUACUACGUUGCACCAUUGAACAGUUAAAAGAAGCGGUAAAGACCGUGGUGGAUUUAGCGAAGCAGCCAUUUUACGCUCUACGAGAUGCAAUAUCGAAAGUUGUAAAGUCAGUGAAAGUAGUCGUAAAAAAGAUAAAGCAAACUUUAAUUGCGAUUAAAAGGAUCGUUCUCAGUAUUCUUAGAGUUAUCAGUUCGGUAUUCCAAUGGCUUGGAAGUAUCAUAAAUAUGUGUAAUAAAAAGUUGGGCACACCUUUCGAGAGGUGUCAAAACGUUUUUGAAGGUGCAGUGGCAGAUUGCAAAGCAAAAUUAGGACCGUAUCUAGGCUUGGUUUGCAAUAUAACUUAUAUAGUCAGUACUCUGUGCUACAUAGUGAAACCAUUGGACUUUAUUUGCAUGCUUGUCUCUUAUAUCUCCGACGCUGUAGUCGGUGUCGUACGAAACAAAGAAUAUUAUGGUAAUCGUAAACAUGUAUUCCAUGCUCGUAUUUCCAGAGUGUUGCAUUAUCGUUACAAAUGGUUAACUAGCGAGCGUUACGAUAAUCGAUACAUAACCAAUGAUAUACGUACUAUCGAUUUGAUAAGAGCGCGACAAGACAAAGAGACAGUUUUGCCGCUCAAUCCGCGAGAACAGAAAAGAUAUGCAUCAUUAACAUCUGCUAAGUUGAUCAAACCCGAAAGGGUUAAAUUAGCUAGAUCUUUAAUAUUUUUAAGCAUGGCGACGAUGAAACUUAUCACCUUCAUAGCGAUAGAUUAUAGUCUUUAUUGGAUAUUAAAAAUGAUCCAAAUCUAUGGACGAUAUCAAAGUAAGGUGGAACGGCCAAGCGUGAUAACUAUUCAUGUAGCGGGUGAUGGAUAUUUAGCUGAACUUUAUAGAAGCAUCAUAAAAUCGUUUACACCUCAUGAAAAUGAAGCGGAAAUAGAUACCUUGCUUUGUCUUCCGGAUCCUAUACCUCCCAAUACGGAUAAAUAUGUCCAAAUCAUCAUUAUAAUACUUUUAUGCUGGCUGAUAACUGUCUUUGAACCUUAUGGUUUACGAUUAAGACAAGUGGUCAUGUGCCAAUAUUACCCUGACAGAGCGAAACAAAGAGCAAUUUGGCUGUACAAUCAUAUCAUCAGGUAUGAGUGAUAUCCUUUUCGUUUCUGUGUUGAAAGAGAGAAGAAUU